GGAAAAAAGACGCUGUCCCAAUGACAUGCCAUCCCAAUUUCUGAUACAUAAAAUCAUGAGAAGAUGCUCCUUUUUGGGUCCCCAGUGCAUGGGUGCUGGGCACUGGGCUCCACCCUCACCUCCAAUUGCUCACAAAUCACCCCCAACCCCCACCCCCAACACACACACACAACGGCACAUAGCAUCCCUCUAACCUCUAUUUUUCAGGUAAGGACACUCAAGUUUUGUGUUACUCGCCCAGAUUCACUGAGCUGGUAGUUGGCAGAUUUAAUUUGAACUCAGGUCUUGCUGCUUCCAUUUGGCCCCUUUUGUGGACCAGUAAGAAAAAUGAACGGGAUUCCAGAAAGGCUGCAGCAAUUUCCUGGCCGGGGUGCCAGAAGGGAGAAGGGCAGAAAUAAAGGGUCCAGCUCAGCACCUUUGCCUGUGUCCUGCAGUCUAUCAGCAUUUAUUAAGUGUCUUCCUGCUCCGAACCGGGCUGCACCAGAGAUGCCCCCCUUUCCUCCCUGCCCUACCUGUUCCUGGGAAGACUUGCCCAUGUUCCUUCUCCAAGUCUGCGCCUCUAAACGGGGCAUGUGACCCUGCCUCGCUGGCUUCCAUUGAUUGCACAGGGAAGUCACCAACCCAGGGGAUUGAUCAGAGGAGUAGGGACUCACACUGUCAGUACACCAUAAGUACCAGACUCGGAAGACUGAGGCCAGGUCCUGGGCAUCCAUGUUUACGCUUAAAGCAGAGGAAGCUGAUGAGAAGGAAGAUGCAGGUGUGCAGAGGGGGGCUGAGGCCACGGACACCUGGAGAGUUCCAGGGAGCAGCGGAAGGAGGCCCCUGCCUCCUUAUGAUUGGUGGCACAUCCUGGCUUCGGGUGCAGGAGGGUCCCCAUGCCCUCCUAAAACCCUAUUCCUCCUGAAGUUUCUUUAAAUUGGCUGGAACAGCUUGUGUUGAUUGUAACCAGAUGCCUCCUGCUGAGGCACCACACCAUGCUGGGCUGUGGUGGUACCAGGCCCUCCUAGAGGAACAGGGUAAAACUCUAACACUCUUUAACAAGUCAGGCCCACCUUGCCCAGGGGCAGGUACACAUAGGAAAUGCUUACAGAAUUCAGAGGAGAGGGCAAUCAGUACAAGCUGGCAUAGCCAGGGGAGGCUGCCUGUAGGAGGUGACACUUCAGCUGGACAUCAAAGAGCAGACAGGAGGAAAGACAUCCCCCCCAACCCCACGCCAGGUUGGGAGACAGUGGGGAGACACAGAACACAAGCAGUCAGGAGGUGCUAGGAGGGGUGGAGGUGGAGAGGAGGUGGAGGGUGAGGCAAUGGAUUUUGAAAUCGAGACUAUGAGAAGUGGAGAACCAGGAGCUGUUUGUGACAGGCUGUGGCAGCUGCCUAGAAAAGCAGAGACAAGCUUCUGGGAACUCAGGCAGGAAGCAUGAAGACCCCAUGCACAACCACAGAAGGCACCAGCUUGUAUGUCCCUGUUUGCUUCAGGCGUCGCCCCCGCAAGUCUGCAGAGAUCACUGCCCUCUGCUUUGCCUUCCAGGUGCAAGAUGUUGUGGGUAUUCUUUUGGCGCCGCUUCCCUUCCCCACCAACUUCUCGCCCUCUACUCCUCCCCACCCCAGCACAGGCAGCCGCUCCAGGGCAAGUCUAUGCAGGCUCCACACACUGAUUCUGACCUGCAUAAAUGGACUCUGCCCGGGGCAUCCAUGUCCAAACCAGCCCAGGUGCCCGAAGCACCGGCACCGGUACGAGCCAGGGCGGCUGCAAUGCUCCCAAGUGCCCAGUGCUGGGGGUUGGGGGUGCCACGGCUUGGGAGGCUGCCCAGAGGGCGGAAGGGUCCUCUGCAGAGCUCUGCACGCCUGUCGGCCGACGGGGACUCUGCACGGCGGGCUGCGUCACGGCCGCCUUAUCGGCUGGCAGCGCAGGAAACCCCGUCACCUUCUCGAGGUAGGGACAGUCCUGCCGCCAGCCGUUCCUGCGAUCCCAGGGUCUCUGCAGUUACACCUGGUUCCAGCCGGGGGCGCCGCGCCGCACCGCUCCUGCGGAGGAGCCAGGCGCCCUUCACAGGCGCGGCCUCACCCGCUUUACUUGUCAGGUGUGAGUCGCCCCACGUGCACCCGAACGCGGUCAGGUCCACCCAGGAAGCCGGAGCAGGACUUUGGGCAGCGAGCUCGCUGUGAGUUAGAGAGCAGAGGGACAUCUGUGGCUAAGGAAUUCGCUGCAUGGAUGAAGACCCAAGCAAAGGAGCUAGAACCAAAUGGACGCUGUGCUGCUCAGCCCACCCCAGGCAGGGCAGGGAGGACAGACACUAGAGAGGCUCCCGGGAGCUCCCUGGUAAGAAGUGGAGUGGGAUGGAUGCAGUCCAAUGUCUCUCUCUUUUGUUGUUGUCAGGUUAUUGUGGUAUAAUUUACAUACAGGGAAACUCACACUUUAAAAAUGUACAGUUCUGCUUGUUUUGACAAAUGUAUGUUAUAGUGCAUCCACCACCACAUCAUGAUAUACACAUUUUCAUCACCCUCAGAAAUUCUGUGUUCCACCCCAACUCUUGGCAACCACUGAUUGGAUUUCUAUCUCUAUAAUCUGCAUUUUCUAGAAUAGCAUAUAAAGGGAAUCCUACAGCACAUAUACAUAUUUUUUUGAGUUGGUGUCUUGCUCUCUUGCCCAGGCUGGAGUGCAGUGGUGUGAUCUCAGCUCGCUGCAAUCUCCACCUCCUGGGUUCAAGUGAUUCUCCUGCCUCAGACUCCUGAGUAGCUGGAAUUACAGGCACACGCCACCACACCUGCCUAAUUUUUGUAUUUUUUAGUUUCACCAUGUUGGCCAGGCUAGUCUUGAAUUCCUGACCUCAAGUGAUCCGCCCACCUCAGCCUCCCAAAGCGCUGGGAUUAUAGGCGUGAGCCACUGUGCCCAGCCAGUACAUAGCUUUUUAAGACUACCUUCUUUCACUCAGCAUAAAGCUUUUGAGAUUUAUUCAUGUGGAAUUCUAUAUCAGUACUUUAUUUCUUUUUAUUGCUGACUGGGCUCCAUUAUAUAGAUGUGCCACAAUCUGUUAUCCAUUUGCCAGUUCUUGGCUAUCACUAAAUUAAGCUGCUAGAACAUUUAUGUACAGGUCCUUGUGUGGGCAUAUGUUUUCAUUUCUCUUGGGUAAUAUCUAGGAAUAAGAUUCCUGAGUCAUGUGGUGAGUACGUGUUUACUUUUGGAAAAAAAAAAAUAAAGUCAAACUUUUCCAGAGUGUUGGAGGCAUUUUGCAUUCCCACCAAGCAAUGUCCAAGUGUUCCUGUUGCUCUGCAUCCUCACCAGCAUUUGGUGUUGUCAGUUGUUUUUUAAUUUUAAUUUUUAAUUUUUAGACUUCUUAAUAGAUGUGUAGUGGUAUCUCAUUGUAGCUUUAAUUUUCAUUUCCCUCUUCUCUGGUGAUUUUGAACAUCUUUUCCUGUGCUAAUUUGCUAUUUAUAUCUUCUUUGGUGAAGUGCCAGUUUAAGUCUUUGGGCUGAUUUUUGUUUGUUUCUUUGUUUUUGAGGGUUUUUUAAAUUGAGUUUUUAGAAUUUGUAUGUAUCCUAGUAACAAGCCCUUUGUCAGCUAAGUAUUUUGCAAAAAUUUCCUCUCAGUCUGUGACUUGUCUUUUAUACUUAACAGUGUCUUUUAAUGAACAGAUGUUUGUAAUUUUGAUGAAGUCCAAUUAUCAACAUUUUCUUUUAUGAUUCGUGUUUUUGUGUCCUACCAAAGAACACUGCCUUAUUCAAGGUCACAAAGGCUUUCUCUUAUGUUUUCUUCUAGAAGCUUUAUGGUUUUUCACUCUUACAUUUACAUCUCUGACCCAUUUUGAAUUCGUUAAUUUUGGUAUAUGGUGUGAGGUAGGGGCCAAGAAUCAUUCUUUAAAAUAUAUGGAGACCUAGUUGUCAGUCCCAUUUCUUGCAAACACUAUCCUUUCUCCCAUUGAAUUGCUUUGGUGCUUUGUUGAAAUCAAUUGACCAUAUAUGCAUACAUCUACUUCUGGACUCUAUUUUGUUCUGUUAAUCUAUCUUUCAUUUUUAUGCCAACAUUAUAAUGUCUUAAUUGCUAUUACAAGAUUCAAGUAACUCAUGAAAUCAAGUAGUGUAAGUCCUCCAACUUUGUUCUUAUUUUUCAAAAUUGUUUUUGCUAUUCUAGGUCCUUUCUACUUCUAUAUAAAUUUUAGAACCAAUUUCUCAAUUUCUAAAAAAAAAUUCCUGGUGAAAUCUUGAUUUGGAUUGAAUUGAAUCUAUAGAACAAUUUAGGAAUAAAAGACAUCUUAAUAUAGAGUCUUCUCAUCUAUUAGCAUAGUAUUUAUCUACAUUUAUUCAGCUCUUUGUUAAUUUCUCUCUCCAAUAUUUAAUUGUUUUCAGGUAUAGGUCUUGAACAUAUUUUGUUAAAUUUAUCCCUACUUAUUUCAUGUUUUAAAAAUGUUAUUGUAAGUGGCAUUUUAAAAAUUUGAACUUACAAUUGUUUGUUGCUAGUGUUUAUAAAUACAAUUGACUUUUUAAAUUGAGACAUUAUUUCUUGAUUCUAUAAACAUGAUAAGAUGAUCAACUAUCCCAUUUGUCUGGGAUUGUACCAUUUUUAACACUAAAAGUCCUAAAGAAGAAGCCAAAAAGUUAAAAGGAAGUAAACUCUCCCUUGGGAAGAGAAAAGUCGAGGUUUUCAGUGAUUGAUACAGGAGAUUAGGGGAAAGGUAUAAAACCCACAUGGCAACCCCAGAAACAGAGGCCGAAGGCAACACUGGUUUUAGUGCCAAAUGGGCACAUCACCUUCCUUAGUGUCUGUUGCUGAGGACAACCACCAUGAUUUGUAGUACACCAUAGUGGAUCAUCCAUUAUUAUGUCACUCCUUGUGAUGUAACUUAAGCGCACUAUAAUCUUGAACGUGACCAUCCACUUUGCCUGCGGAUUAAUUGUUGUGCUUUGUAUUGAGACACUGCUAGUUUAAUUUUAGCAUGGUGAAUACUGAGGCCAUGUUUUCUUAAGCAUUCAGGUGAUGAAAAUGAGGAAAUGGUGUUGCAAUAUCAAUGCCCACGUGACCCAAAUGGCCAUGUUAUUUUAAUGACAGGAGGAGUGACACAGACAACUGGAUGAGGGAGGUAAAGAAUCAAAACAAGGGAUACUGCGCAAUAAGCAGAGAGAAUUCGGGGUUGGGCAUGGUGGAAGAAGGGACUGUAGAGACUGCCUCAGAAGUCCCCAGUGAGAUAGGCAAGUAUGUCCACAUUAACCAAAAAGCUUUUUGUCUCCACAAAAGACACCAAUUGAAAAUAGUGGCUGCUGAAUUAGCUAGGGCAUACUACAAAAAUGAAGUUGUGUGAUUGUGCUGCUCCUUUGAUUGUUUUUUGAAACUGAGUAGGGGCACAUUUCCUCAUUUACAGGCUGUAACUGAAAUAUCACGUGGGUGAACAAAGGGAGAAAUGUCGAUGGCAGCUGUGUUGACCCUUUACAACAUGCAGUGGAUUCUGCCAGAUCCCACCAACAAUCAUGCUUUCUACAGUAACCAAGUGCUGCAUCCAAUCAUGGCAAUGAAAAACAGUUCUCCUAACUUGUAAAUACUUUGAUUUGAAAAAAUGGAGUUUCAAAUCAUCCUUUUUAUUUCUAUGAAGAUUUUAAUCCACCUGCAGAAAAAAAAAAGAAUGUUGAUGUUAUCUUGUCCAAAUACAAACAUGACUUUGCCCAUCUGUCUGCCUAUUUGGCAGACCGUGCAAAUGUAAAUUUUUGCAAAUUCCAUGCAGUCUAUGAAUGCUUUACCAAAGAAAAGUUAAAAAUAUUAGCCACGAAGUGUCCUGCACAUUUUGUACACAUCAGUAAAAGGGGGUGGAGUUUGCUUCCCUGCGAUAUUGAUGCUUUCAAAAUGAAAGCUUUUAUUUACUUUUCAGUUUCCUCAAAGCAUGAAAAAGCACUUAAUGAGAUUUUUCACAUUCCAGAAAUGGAAGGAGAUGGCCUCCUUUGGACAUGUGCCUACACAAGGGCUGUCACUGUUGCCAGGGUAAAAAGGCAGCCUGCCAUACAACCAUAUUUUCAAAGCAUGGGACAAGAAGAAUGUCCUUGUCUUAAUAUAUUUGGAAAUAUAUUAAGAAUGAAAAUAGAGAAAAAGAUUACGGUUAAACAGUCAAACUGAAAUUUAUAAGUUGUUCCUCCAAAACUGCCUGAUGAUCUUUGAGGAGCCCAUAAGGGCUCUGGAAAAGCAUGAACUGACUGUCCCUGAGUUGUCGAUGUUAUAGGUAGGUACUGACAAAGCUCAUAUAAUGAAAAAUGACUCAUUUUUUGGAAAUGAAACCAAAAUGUCACCAGAAAAGGACAGCCAAUUUAAACAAGACUUUCUCACUUCUUUACUAAAACUGUAACUUAUUUGGAAUUCAACUUCAGCUUCAACUUCACAAGUUCAAAGUAUCUUUGUGCUUUAAAACUAUUUUUCCCGAGAGAAACACAGACAGAGAAGGAGACAGAGAGAGGUUUAACUUACAGUGACAUCCAGUGUGCUCAGAAAUGUUCAAAAAGGGCCGGGUGCCAUUGCUCACGCCUAUAAUUCCAGCACUUUGGGAGGCCGAGGCGGGUGGAUCACCUGAGGUCAGGAGUUCGAGACCAACCUGGCCAACAUGGCGAACCCCGUCUCUACUAAAAAUACAAAAAUUAGCCAGGCGUGGUGGCACGCGCCUGUACUCCCAGCUACUUGGGAGGCUGAGGCCAGAGGAUCACUUGAACCUGGGUAGUUGAGGUUGCAGUGAGCCGAGAUCACGCCACUGUACUCCAGCCAGGGCAACAGAGUAAGACUCCAACUCAAAAAAAAAAAAAAAGUUCAAAAAGGAUGGAUAUCUUAGCCAUGGAUAUCCUACAUGAUAGAUGCAAAAGAUGACAAACUGCUGGUUUACCAAAACCAGCCUGCAGAUGCAAAGUGAAUGGACAUCUUUGGACAGCUGGAAACGAAUCCCUACAAAUCUAAAACCCUGCUGUUGCUUGUAGGUACAAUCCUAAGUAUUCCAUUCUCAAACGCUUUUGUUGAGAUAGCAGCUUGAGGCCAUCACAUUGGACUGACCUCAGGAGUCAGUGUACUGAGGGCUCUCUAAGAGCAGAGCUGCAAGUCAAAGGAUUUUCCAUUUAACUAUAUUCAGUUUCAUCACUACAUCAAGGAAGAACUUCCUACUAAAGGCUGCAGGCAAGGAAAUAAAAAGAGUCAAAAUAUCCUACUAUAUCAUAGGACCAAAAUGUCUUUUUUUUUUGUAGACGGAGUCUCACUCUUGCCCAGGCUGGAGUACGGUGGCGUGAUCUUGGCUCACUGCAACCUCUACCUCCCAGGUUCAAGCAAUCCUCUUGCCUCAGCCUGCUGAGUACCUGGGACUACAGGCGGGUGCCACCACGGGCGACUAAUUUUUGUUUUUUUAGUAGAGACAGGGUUUCACCAUGUUGGCCAGGCUGGUCUCAAACUCCUGACCUCAAGUGAUCGGCCCGCUUCGGCCUCCCAAAGUGCUAGGAUUACAGGCAUGAGCCACCACGCCCAGCCCGUCAUUGUUAUUUUUGAUUAAAUAUUAGUAAUAUCUGUUUAAAUACUGCUAUUAUAUUACAUUCACCAUUUAAAAAGUCUUACAUUUAUGUAUUUUGAUACAAAAUUUAAGUAUCUAAUAAUGACUUAAAAUAAAUUGCUAAAUCACAGGACAGGAAGAAACAUUAUAAAACUAUUUUUAUAUUUUUCUCACACAUAUUAUUUGUUAUUAGUCCUAUUACUACUAAUUGCCACUGUGAACUAAUCAUAUUGUUUUCUUUAAAUAAUAGCAUUUAUAUAGAAGGUAAAAAAUACACAAUAUGUAUAUUUCAAAUAAGCACCAUAUGUGUAUACUAUUUAUUUUUUAUUUUUUAGAGACAGGGUCUCUCCCUUUGUCUUACAGGCUGGAGUACAGUGGCACCAUCACAGCUCACUGCAGCCUGGACCUCCUGGGGCUCAAAGGGUCCUCCCUCCUCAGCCUCCCGAGGUAGCUGGGACUAUAGGUGCAGGCCACAACGCUCCGCUAAUUUUUUUUCAUUUUUGUACAGACGGAGUCUCACUAUGUUGGUUGCCUAGGCUGGUCUCAAACUCCUGAGCUCAAGUGAUCCUCCGGCCUCAGCCUCCUGAAGUGCUGGGAUUACAGGCGUGGGCCACCGCUCCCGGCCUACAAUAAUUUUUAACAUACUAUAUUAUGUUGGCUUUUUUAAAAUCUGGUAUGGCUGUGUUCCGGGCUGGAUCUCUAAAGUGUGUCGUCGAAUACACAGUCUCAUCUCCUGUCCGCCUAAGUCUUCUCAGCCCUAGCGCCGAAGGGCCAACUAAGACCUAAGACCCGGUCACUGCCCCCAAGAGGCUCAGUUUGGUGAUGAAGCCAGACACAAAACAGACAGAGAGCAAGGUCGAAGGUGCCAUGAAAUAAGUCGCCCCAGGUGGCUCUGGGCGGGCCUAACCCAGGACAGGUUCUCCAGGAAGACUUCCUGGAGGAGGCGGGCCUCAGCUGGACCGCAGGCGGCCAGGAGGAGCUGGGGGUGGUGGUGGUGGGGGCGAGGGUGAAGGUGGUUGGAGAUCGGGGUAGAGUGUGAAGAGGAGGACGAGGCCCGGACCUGGGCCUUUCCAGGCAGGCGGCCCAAACGGAUCUACGCAGCCAGCCACCCCUCCCAGCUGGGGUCGGCGCGUCCCCCUCCAGGCCGGUGUGGGGAGAGUCUGGCCGUCUGGAGGCCCGGGGCAGCAGGACUGGGAGAGCCGCGGUCUCCUUCCUGUCCCCUGCUCCCGGCAGACCCGCGUUUCCAGGGCCCUGUCCUUUACCCGGGGCGGCCGUCCUCCCGUGCCCAGCCUCUGGCGAGGCCACCGCUCCCCGCAGCGCCGGUGUCACGGCCCCACGGAGGGCCAGGAGCCUCCAGGGCGCCCCAGCGGCGGGGUGGACGCUGCCAGGCGGUACCACGGCAGGGCCCGCGCUGCCCAUCCCGCGCCACGCCCCCACCUCCGCCGGCACCGUUGCCAGCAGCCCGGCUGCGAGCCCGCCGGCGCCCGGCCACCCGCCCGCUGCGUCGCCUGGCAGCGCGCCUGCAGCUGAGUCAGCCUGUGAGUCAGCGCCCCCUGACCGCGCCGCGUCUGGGCCCGGGAGGGACGCAGACGGCGCGGGCGCGGAGGAGGGAGACGAGGAGGGGGAA